AUGGGUAAUGGCCUUGGGGGAAGUAGCUACACUGGGUCGGCUCCCUCCUCGACUACCGAGGAGGAGGAAGCGGAGGAGAGUAUACCUGAAGCCGAGGACGAUAGCAUUGUUGAAGAGGUUGGGGUGGCAGAAGAGACGGAAGGGAACGGACUUCUUUCUCUCGAGGGGCGCGGCGGAGGUUCUGAGGGGACUCGAAAUAACCGGCGAAGACAAACCGACACCGUUGGGUUGGGGUUACGGGAGCGAGAGAGUAAGGAUACGGGUAAAUGGGUGAUGGACGGGAGUGCAGAUACGAACGGUGAACAUUGUUAUGGUAUUCUCGGUGACUCUGAUGAGGAGGAGAUUGGCGAUGAUCCUAUUGAUAACUCACCUUAUCCUGAGGUACGAGCUUCGGUAUCGGCGAAAGAUGAUCCAGACAUUUUGAUAAAUACCCCUAGAAUGUGGGCAUUGGCCAUGUUCUUUUCCUUAGUUGGCUCUGCGACAAAUCUGUUCUUUUCUCUUAGAUAUCCCUCCGUGUCAAUUACUCCGGUGAUUGCUCUUCUUCUAGCGCACCCAUUAGGAAAGCUCUGGGACCACGUUUUUCCCGAGGCCGAUGCGACUGAAGUCGUCAAGUCGGAGGACGGAUGGUGGGGGAGGUUAAAAACGCGGCUUGGCCAAGGUCGGUGGAACCAAAAGGAGCAUAGUUGUGUCUAUAUAUCCAGUAAUGUAUCGUUUGGUUUCGCUUUCGCUACUGAUGUUAUUGUGGAACAAACGCACUUCUACCAUCAAAACCCAGGAAUCACAUAUCAGAUACUCCUUACUUUGUCUACGCAGAUUCUGGGCUAUACUUUCGCAGGCCUGACAAGACAAUGGCUUGUCUACCCUGGCGCAAUGAUCUGGCCUGGGACCCUCAUGUCCACGGCUAUGUUCACAACUCUUCAUGGGGAGGAAAACAAGGUUGCAAAUGGGUGGAGGAUAUCACGGUUUAAGUUUUUCCUUGUGGUAUUCGCCGGAGGCUUCUUCUGGUACUUUGUUCCUGGUCUUCUGAUACCAGCACUGAGCUAUUUCAACGUUGUCACUUGGUUUGCGCCAGACAAUGUUCCUAUCGCCAAUCUGUUUGGCGUAGCCUCGGGCUUGGGAAUGUUCCCUCUGACCUUUGAUUGGGCGCAAAUAUCCUAUGUCGGGUCGCCGCUGAUGACACCUUUCUGGGCUGCAGCAAAUGUAGUCGCUGGUUUGGUCGCGGUCAUGUGGGUAGCGGCCCCAAUCUUAUAUUACGGGAACGCAUUUUAUAGUUCAUACAUGCCAAUUCUUUCGAGUGCCGUCUUUGAUAAUACCGGAAGUCCGUACGAUGUAUCCAAGAUCCUUACGAAGGAUUUCUUGUUUGACGAGUUGGCUUACAAGAACUACAGUCGAGUCUUCAUGCCCAUCACCUACAUCCUUUCCUAUGGGUUACAGUUCGCAGCAUUGACUGCCCUCGUUACCCAUACCGCCUGCUGGCAUGGUAAAGACAUCUGGCGGCAAUGGGGCCGAGCCCGGAGGGGGUUUUCGAGCGGGAGACGCGAGGACGUGCAUAUGCGACUUAUGCGCCGGUAUCGGGAAGCCCCCACGAGUUGGUACUUGGCUACUUUUGUCGUGAUGAUUGCAGUAGGGAUAUUCGUAGUAGAAUACUAUCCCGUCCACCUCCCUUGGUACGGCCUCCUCCUCGCCCUCUGUGUCUGCGGCACCUUCUUCGUGCCGAUAGGCAUAGUAAUGGCCAUAACAAACCAGCAAUCCAGCAUCUUCCUAAUCUGUCAGCUAAUCUGCGGAACCCUUUUCCCGGGGCGCCCAGUCGCGAACAUGGUCUUCGUGACGUACGGUUACAUAACUGCCACCCAGGGCCUGAAGUUCGCAGCGGACCUGAAGCUAGGCCACUACAUGAAGAUCCCCCCGCGCCUGCUCUUCUCCGUGCAGAUGGCAGCGACGUGCGUCUCCUCAUUCACGCAGAUUGGCGUGUUAAACUGGAUGUUUGCCUACAUCCCGGGUCUGUGCACACCCCAGGCGAUGAACGGCUUCACUUGUCCCAUUGCUAGAGUACAUUUCAACGGGAGCAUAUUAUGGGGCGUGGUUGGACCCGGGCGCUUCUUUGGCAGGGGUGAGUUAUAUAGGUCGCUUAUGUGGGCUUUCGUCGUGGGUGCUUUCACCCCCAUCAUUCUGUUUGCGGUGUAUAAAUAUGCUGGCAGGGGCGGGAAUUCUAGAAGGACGAAGGUGGCGUGGUUGAGGAAGGUUAGCUUGCCUGUUGUGUUUGGGAGUUUGAGUUGGAUCCCGCCUGCGACCGGGUUGAAUUUCUCGACUUGGGUCAUUGUUUGCUUCGCUUUCAACUACUACAUAUUCCGACGGGCGCCCGGUUGGUGGGGGAAGUAUACCAUGACGUUGUCCGCUGCGUUGGACGCGAGUCUUGCCGUGGGCCUAGUGGUUGUGUUCUUUGGAUUUGUUUACCCCGGCUGGAUGGAGGGUUUUAGUUGGUGGGGGACUGAAGUAUACAAACGUGGAUGCGACUGGAAGGCAUGUGCCUACCUUGAGGUACCCGAAGGGGGGGUAUUCGGGCCUAGCAGGUGGUGA